GUGUCAGCUUGAUGUUUGACUGCGAGAGUAUCUCGAAGUUUUAGGUGGAAGAUGUCGGAGACUAACAGAGCCGCACGUAGCGACGGAGACGAGGAGCAGGUUUCUGGUGCUGAAGUCAUCGCCCAGGCCCUGAAAACGCAAGAGGUGGAGUACAUGUUUGGCAUCGUAGGCAUCCCAGUGACCGAAAUCGCCGUUGCGGCCCAGAAGAUGGGCAUCGGAUAUGUCGGGAUGAGGAAUGAGCAAGCGGCUUGUUAUGCUGCCUCUGCGAUUGGAUAUCUGACAGGCAGGCCUGGCGUAUGCCUUGUUGUUUCUGGCCCAGGUCUCAUCCAUGCUUUGGGUGGUAUGGCAAAUGCAAACAUGAACUGUUGGCCCUUGAUUGUGAUUGGUGGUUCUUCUGAAAGAAGUCAGGAAACUAUGGGAGCCUUCCAGGAGUUUCCUCAGGUUGAAGCUUGUAGAUUAUAUAGCAAGUUCUCUGCCCGGCCAAGCAGCAUAGAGACUAUUCCCUCUAUUAUCGAGAAGGCAGUGAGAAGCAGCAUUUAUGGUCGUCCAGGUGCUUGUUAUGUUGACAUACCUGCAGAUUUUGUGAACUUGCAGGUGAAUGUGAAUUCUGUAAGGUACACGGAGUGUUGCAUGCCACCUCCUGUUAGUAUGGCAGAGACCUCCGCUAUAUGUAUGGCAGCAACUGUUAUUAGAAAUGCCAAGAAGCCCCUUCUUAUCAUCGGGAAAGGUGCUGCUUAUGCCCAUGCAGAGGAGGGUAUCAGGAAAUUGGUGGAGCGGUGUAAAUUGCCGUUUUUGCCCACCCCCAUGGGAAAGGGUGUUAUCCCUGAUAACCAUCCGAACUGUGUGGCUGCUGCCAGAUCCAGGGCUUUGCAAUUUGCUGAUGUAAUUGUGUUAUUUGGUGCCCGAUUAAAUUGGAUUUUGCAUUUUGGACUGCCUCCAAGAUACCAGCCAGAUGUGAAGUUUAUCCAGGUUGAUAUCUGUGCAGAAGAAUUGGGGAAUAAUGUAAAGCCUGCUGUGACUUUGCUAGGAGACAUAAAUGCUGUCACUAAACAGCUUUUAGAACAAUUUGAUAAAACGCCAUGGCAGUAUCCUCCAGAGAGCAGCUGGUGGAAAACUCUGAGAGAAAAAAUGAAGAGCAAUGAAGCCACAUCCAAGGAAUUAGCUUCCCAAAAAUCUCUGCCUAUGAAUUAUUACACAGUAUUCUAUCAUGUUCAAGAACAGCUACCCAGAGACUGUUUUGUAGUAAGUGAAGGAGCAAAUACUAUGGAUAUUGGACGCACUGUGCUUCAAAACUACCUUCCUCGUCACAGGCUUGAUGCUGGUACUUUUGGAACGAUGGGAGUUGGUUUGGGCUUUGCCAUUGCAGCCGCUAUACUGGCUAAAGCUAGAAACACAGGUCAGCGGGUCAUCUGUGUGGAAGGAGACAGUGCAUUUGGGUUUUCUGGCAUGGAAGUGGAAACCAUCUGUAGGUACAACUUGCCCAUCAUUCUUUUGGUGGUGAAUAAUAAUGGAAUUUACCAAGGUUUUGAUGUGGAUAGUUGGAAGGAAAUGUUAAAAUUUGGAGAUGCUACUGCAGUGGCCCCUCCCGUCUGUCUUUUGCCAAACUCACAUUACGAGCAGGUUAUGACUGCGUUUGGAGGCAAAGGGUAUUUCGUACAAACACCGGAAGAGCUCCAAAAAUCACUGAGGGAGAGUUUGGCAGACACAACUGCACCUUCUCUUAUCAAUAUCAUGAUUGAGCCACAAGCCACGCGGAAAGCCCAGGAUUUUCACUGGCUGACACGCUCUAAGAUAUAAAGAUGUCCAGGAAUGGUCGUGAGGAGUUUUCUUUCCUGUAAGAUGGAAUUUUAUUUUCCACAGCAAAAUACUAAAAUGU